AUGAGUUCUUCUAUCGAAGAUUUCGGUACUCCGGUUUUGAAAUGUCAAGCAACAACGUCUUCCAAGAAAAAAUUUACUGGGGUGGAUGGUUUUCGAGAGAAGGAGGUCGAGCUCCAUGGCGAUGGUUCUGAAGAUGCACCUAAUACUGGUAGGGACCAAAACGAUGGUCGCGAAGGCCAUUGGCACGAUUUAGAACCUGACAAUAGUGCUGAUCCUUCGGUAUGCUUCGACGAUCCUGCCAAUUAUCCCGAUGGUGGCUGGAGAGCUUACCUUGUAGUCUUUGGGUCUUUCUUAGGACUUACUGUUGAUUUUGGUUUCAUUAAUUCCAUUGGUAGCAUCCAAUCAUAUUUAAACCUCCAUCAGCUUCAGAACGAGUCCACCGUGGGGUCUUCAUUUAUCUUUGCCAUAUUUCUUCUUCUAACCUAUGUUCUUUGUUUGAUUGGUGGUGUUGCUUUUGAUGAGCUAGGACCUAGGAUCCCGCUAAUUUUUGCCACCAUUUUAAUGUUCUUUGGUCUUUUUUUCACCGGAAGUUGCAAUACGGUUCCUUCGUUCAUUGGUGUUCUUGGUAUAUUAACCGGGUUGGGAAUGGGAACCUGCAGUGCUCCUUUAACUGGUGUUGUCAGUCAUUGGUUUUACAGGAAAAGAUCCACAGCUUUUGCUAUGGCUACUGUCGGAGGAUCCGUUGGAGGAAUCAUCAUUCCCUUAUUGUUGAACAAACUGUAUAUUGUCGUUGGUUUCACUUGGGCUUUGAGGAUUCUAGCCUUUGUCUGUUUGGGACUUAUGAUUAUCUGUAUUUUGCUUGUCAGUGGUAGAAAAGAUAAGAUUUGUCCUCCAGAAGCAAGUGAAACGAUCAAAUAUACUGGAUCCAACCCCAUCCUGCAUAAAGUGUCAAUCCUUUGUGGUAAAGCUGUAAACUUUCGUGCCUUAAAAGAGCCUGCAUACCUUCUUUGUACGCUUGGUAUAGGGUUUUCUGAUCUUUCCUUGGUUUGUACUCUCACUUACUUUCCUUCCUACGUUACUUUUGUCGGCUACAGUGAGACUAAGGCCAAUACCAUCAUUACCAUCAUUAACUGUAUGGGGAUAUUGGGUAGGUAUAUACCUGGUGUCUUGGCCGAUAAGAUAGGUCCCUAUAAUGUCAUGAUCAUUAUGAUGACUGCUACCUGUUUAAGUGUGUGGGUUCUUUGGUUGGCCUGGUCUAUGUCAAAUAGUGGUCUCUCUUCAAUUUAUGUGUUCUCUGUGAUUUAUGGUUUUUUCAAUUCGUCUGUUCUUUCUUUGGCUCCCAGCUGUAUCGCUGCGAUAUCCUCGACAAAAGAGUUUGGCCAACGCUAUGGAACUGCCUAUUUGGUGGCAGGUUUCUUUGUUUUUGGAGGCAUGAUCGGAGGUGGUGCUAUUAUAUCCGAAGAAAGUAUUGAGAACUAUAGCUACUUUGCUAUCUAUUGUGGUUCCCUUUACGUUGCAAGUAUUGCAGCCUAUGCUGCAAGCAGGUUUGUUCAGGUUGGUCGUCGUUUCAAAGUAAUUGUUUAA